AUGGGGAACAAGUGCAGUUCUGGCAAGUCGGUUGCUGUCGAUGAGCUAAAAGACGGCGAUGGAAUGAUCGAUGUCAACGACAAUCCAAGUCAGGAGAAAACCAACGCCUUCAUUCGACAAAUGUCUGCAACUGAAGCUGGCGAAGAGAAAUCCCGAGUCAACAUGCAUGUAGAAUUUCAUGCCAUGCUUCACGAUCUAAAAGACUCUGGCCAAUUAUCUCAGAAGAGCAAACUUAUGACGGAGAUUCAAAUGAAAACUGUUCGAAAGAGAAUCGACGAUACUAUAAAUGAAGUUAUUAAAACGAAAGAAGGAAAAAUGAAGUCCGCCGUCAACGAAGAGAUCAGAACCAAAGCUGGAAUCCAAGAGGAUAUGACUUUUGUGGAGCAAGCUAAGAAGUCCGCGCAGGGAAUCCUCAAAUCUCAAAUCAGCUGCGAAAUCCUUUCCGACAAGCUUCAGCGUCUUGUCAGCGUUAGCGCUGCGGAAAUAACCAAAAAAUUCGAAGAAGAACUCGAAGAUGGAGACUUCGACGCCGGCGAAGCCUAA